AUGUCUACAGAAGAAACCAAUGGCAAAGGCCAUCAACAAGAUGAUGCUGAUGAGCGUACAGCCUUGAUACAAUCAUCAAGUCAAUCCUACUCUACUCAGGAACAACAACAACAGCAACAGCAGCAGGAGGAGCAACAAAUCUUGACAACCGUGGUGGAUGUUGAAGCGGGUGUUGCCACGAAUACGGUAGAACAAGAGGAGCGUCCCAUGGUAUCGGAGGUGUUGAUGACCAAGACCGUAAAGAAAGUGAUUCGCCAACACAGAAGAGCUCAAGUGUACAUUUCGGAGCAAUCAUCAUCAACAUCCAGCAGCAGCAAACGCGUCAGCAAGAAUACUUCUACUACCACCACAACCCCUUCCCCAGUCGCACUUUUGCAACGACGUGGUAGCAACACAAGUAGCAGCAGUAGCAGUAGCAGCGAUAGUAGCAGUUCAUCUAGCAGCGAUGAGGAAGAAAAUCAACGUGUGCCUAUUGGCAAUGGACAUCAACGCGUACGUAAGCGUGAUCAAAUCAAGAACGCCCUCAAAAGUGCCACUCAACAAUGGAAGGAUAAACAUGGCUGGUCAAGUUCAUUGUUUCUUCAACGUCAAGAAGGCAAUAAUCAACAACAACAACAACAUGCUGUGGAUUCAAGUGAGGAACCCUUACCACCUCUUCCAGUUACACCAUUGACGCUACCACCUGUGGAAGUGGACAUUUAUCGUGUCACUGGUGUUGCAUCCGUAUGCACGUUGUUGGCUAUGGCGAAGAAGAAUGAUGAAAAGACACAACGAUUGGCUAUAUCCACAUUGCACCAUAGCAUCAAGGCAACGGCUCAUACGCGACCCAUGAUUUUACGUGAAGUGCUUAUUAGACCUCAUCUCAAAGGGCUUUGUGCAUUGGAGUGGGCGGUCGAGAACGAAUGUCACUUGUUUUUGGCUGAUCGUCUUGUUCAAUCGGUGAUGCAUGAUGCAUGGUGGCUGUAUGGUGCUGCAGAUGACUGGAAUAAGCAAAAACCGGACCAACAUCCGUAUGCUGUAUGGAGUCCAUACCAAUGGAUGCCUGAUUAUUUCGCAAGGUGGGCAUCACCACGUUACCAAGCACUUGCAGGAUUGGCAUGUGGUAUCGUUUAUUUGGCUUUGCAUCUUGCUACUGUUGCCAACGUUGAUUAUCAAGGCACCAACCACGUGCAUCCAUUUGAAUACGCGUACUAUGUCUUUGUUUCCUCGGACGCUUUACUCUUUUUUACUUGCACCCUUGUUCAUCCUUUGAUAGCGGCGCGUAGGCCAUCCAGCUAUGUCACGUUGACCACUGUGGGCUUAUUGGUAUCCUCAUUUGUGAUACGCUUUGUGGGUCUCUUUGCUAUCCAUAACCUCGAACGACAAGCACACCUUUUGUAUUGGUCAUACACACUACUUGCAUGGGCAACACCACUCAUGUUCUUCCGCGUGGUACUUUGGCAUGACAAUCUUUGCUGGAAUGUAUACAAGGCACGCUUCCUUGUGGGACGAUGUGUUGUCGAGGCUUUAUGGGCUAUUGGUCUCGGUGUUAUGGCACUUGUUGCUUUCUGGCUUGGAUUAGCUGCUUUGCAACGUGAUGAUACGAGCGUAUGGGCGAUGCUCAGAUACCUUGCAUUGGGUGCAUUGCAUGCUCCUGCCAUUGCCGAAACCCUCUACUUCCAACCUGUUGCUGCCGGUAUCAUGCUCUUUGUGUAUCUUGUUGUGAUGAUCCUUCUUGUGGGUUCAUUGAUUGUAGCCUCCGUGCUUACAACUCUCAUUGCUACUUAUCCACAUCUCGAUAUUGAGCACAACAAAUUCCUUGCACGACGUGCAUCCUGUCGCCCCAGCUAUGGUGUGUUUAUUCCCAACUUUGCUAUUGGACUUGUUAUUGGUGCGGUGCGUCUUUUGUUUACCAAAGUAUUCAAAAUGGAUCCCAACUCCUCGAGUUGUGUUCUCUGGCUCGAUCGCAUUCAUCAAGUUUUGUGGUUCAUUGUCUUUUUACCCGUCAUUGUGCUUGUAGCACUGAUUGAGGGCAUUGUAUUCUUAUAUCACAAGAUCAGAUACUCUUUGUCGUCAGGUUACCAUCAAAUCAAAUGA